UUCUGUUGAUCCAAAGGUUGUAUUGUCAGGUAUGCUGAACCCCAGUAUUUCUGACACCUCACUUCAUCUCCACUUCCUGUUUCCCCAGGGACUGAGAAAGGGGAGAUGUGGCAGAGGAAUCAGACCUCUCUGGCAGACUUCAUCCUUGAAGGGCUCUUUGAUGACUCACUCACCCACCUUUUUUUUUUCUCUGUGACCAUGGUGGUCUUCCUUAUUGCAGUGAGUGGCAACACCCUCACCAUUCUCCUCAUCUGUGCUGAUUCCCGGCUUCAUACACCCAUGUACUUCCUGCUCAGCCAGCUCUCCCUCAUGGAUCUGAUUCAUGUCUCCACAACCAUCCCCAAGAUGGCUACCAACUACCUAUCUGGCAAGAAGUCCAUCUCCUUUGUGAGCUGUGCAACCCAGCACUUCCUCUAUUUGUCUGUGGGUGGUGCUGAGUGUCUUCUCCUGGCUCUCAUGUCCUAUGACCGCUAUGUUGCCAUCUGUCAUCCACUGCGUUACACUGUUCUCAUGAACAGAAAGGUGGGACUGAUGAUGGCUGUCGUGUCAUGGUUGGGAGCAUCCAUAAACUCCCUAUUUUACACAGUGAUGUUGAUGCAGUUCCCUUUCUGUGGGCCUUGGAAAAUCCACCACUUCUACUGUGAGUCUCCAGCUGUUGUGAAGUUGGUAUGUGGAGACAUCACUGUUUAUGAGAACACAGUGUACAUCAGCAGUGUCCUACUUCUUCUCCUCCCGAUCCUCCUGGUUUCUACAUCCUAUGCCUUCAUCCUCCACAGUGUCAUUCAGAUGCGUUCAUCAGGGAGUAAGAGAAAUGCCUUUGCCACUUGUAGCUCUCACCUCACUGUGGUUUCCCUCUGGUUUGGCGCCUGUAUCUUCUCAUAUAUGAGGCCCAGGUCCCAGCGCACUCCAUUGCAAGACAAAGUUGGUUCUGUGUUCUAUAGCAUCAUUACUCCCACACUGAAUCCUUUGAUUUAUACUCUCCGGAAUAAGGAUGUAGCUAAGGCUCUGAGGAGAGUGCUGGGGAGAGAUAUUAUAACUCAAAAAUAGCAACUUCUCUUGCCCUGAGUAAGAGCGGAAUGGGAUAAUCUAUUUAAAUUGAUCUGAGUAAACCCCUAAGAGUUUUCAAGGGUCCACGUCCCUGAUUACUACUGCAUAAAUGAAGUGGUCAACACACAAUUCUAGUAUUCUAACUUGGUCUCAGGCAUCUAAGCUCCAUAGAGUACUAUCUUAGUCUAUUCAGGCUGCUCUAACAAAAAUAUCAUAAACGGGGUG